GAAGAGGAGGCGGCGAGCGCGGGGGAAGACGAAAAAGAAAAAGAAGGCGAGAGGGCGGCCAGCUGCUCGGGGACCGACGCGCGCACCGGCCGCCGGAGCCCGGCUCGGGCGCGGGCGCGGCGGCGGCGGCGGGGACCAUGGAGCGCGGGCUGCAUCUGGGCGCGGCGGCCGCGGGCGAAGACGACCUGUUCCUGCACAAGAGCCUGAGCGCGGCCACCGCCAAGCGCCUCGAGGCGGCUUUCCGCUCCACGCCCCCGGGCAUGGACCUGUCCCUGGCCCCGCCGCCGCCGCCGCCGCGGGAGCGCCCGGCGUCCUCGUCGUCGUCGCCCCUGGGCUGCUUCGAGCCGGCUGACCCCGAGGGGGCAGGGCUGCUCCUGCCACCCCCGGGGGGAGGCGGCGGCGGCGGCGCGGGCGGCGGCGGCGGCGGCGGCGGCGGGGUGGGCGUCCCCGGGCUGCUCGUGGGCUCGGCGGGCGUGGGGGGCGACCCGAGCCUGAGCAGCCUGCCCGCCGGGGCCGCCCUGUGCCUCAAGUACGGCGAGAGCGCCGGCCGGGGCUCGGUGGCCGAGAGCAGCGGCGGCGAGCAGAGCCCCGACGACGACAGCGACGGCCGCUGCGAGCUGGUGCUGCGGGCCGGAGGCGCCGACCCCCGGGGCUCCCCGGGCGCGGCGGGCGGCGGCGGCGGCGGCGGCACCAAGGCGGCCGAGGGCUGCUCCAACGCCCACCUCCACGGCGGCGCGAGCGCCCCCCCGGGGGGCCCGGGAGGCGGCGGCGGCGGCGGGGGCAGCGGCGGCGGCGGCGGCGGGGGCGGCAGCAGCAAGAAAUCCAAAGAGCAGAAGGCGCUGCGGCUCAACAUCAACGCCCGGGAGCGCCGGCGGAUGCACGACCUGAACGACGCGCUGGACGAGCUGCGCGCGGUCAUCCCCUACGCGCACAGCCCCUCGGUGCGGAAGCUGUCCAAGAUCGCCACGCUGCUGCUCGCCAAGAACUACAUCCUCAUGCAGGCGCAGGCCCUGGAGGAGAUGCGGCGCCUCGUCGCCUACCUCAACCAGGGCCAGGCCAUCUCGGCCGCCUCCCUGCCCAGCUCGGCGGCGGCGGCGGCGGCGGCGGCCGCCCUGCACCCGGCGCUCGGCGCGUACGAGCAGGCGGCCGGCUACCCGUUCAGCGCCGGGCUGCCCCCCACCGCGUCCUGCCCGGAGAAGUGCGCCCUGUUUAACAGCGUCUCCUCCAGCCUCUGCAAACAGUGCACGGAGAAGCCUUAAACAACCCCCCCUACCCCAGUCAUCACCACCACCACCACCACCACCACCACCACCGCCAAGAAAAGACACAAGAUCGACCCCCCAAACUAGAGGAAAGUGAAAAGCUGCAGCCCCCUGCCCCCUUCAUUUUGGUUCCUCUCGUAGUUGUGAAACACUUGCAGAACAAACAAAGAGAAGGCGAGAACUAAGGGGAAGCGAAGCGUCAGAGACACGAGCUGGACUUUUAGCCUUGACAGCCCCGGAAUCCCGGUCUUCAGGGUGGGAAGGGAGGGAGGAGGGAGGUGGAGUAGGGAUGGAGCGUGGAUGUCUUUUUUUUUUUUCUGUCUCAGAAAAGUGGCAACUUCCGUGGCCACCUAGACCGCGAGAAAGCAGUUUUUCCUUUAAGGUUAAACAUAAGUUGAGAAAUAGUCAUUUGGUUAUUAAGCGUGGAAAGUAUGACAUGGCAAAGUACUAAUCCUACUAAUAAUUGUGAAUUUGGCUAGUGCUGGAGGGCAGAGGAGGAGUCUGGGGGUUGGGGUGGCUCGUGGGACGAAUAUUCAUUCAGACAAAUCAGAAAGGGCACUUGAAAAUAAAUUUUGAUUCUGAGCCAGGAGAAAAACUUGAAUUGUAGACUUAUUUAAGUGAAAAACAAACAUGCAGAAAGAGACACGUUGCUAUGAAAGACUUGUAUUUUUUAUUGUCUCUGAACUUUAAUCCUGUGAAAAUGCUCGAAACUUUUGGAAAGAGUGAUAAGAAAAAAACUGACGGUGGCUGAAAGAAUUGCAUUUAAAAAUAUUUGUGUGCACCUUGUUACUUUCCACUCUGCAAUGAUGUAUUAACAAUCCAUGAUAUUUAUUUGUUAUUCUUCAAUGACCCUUCCACAUCAACAGUAUUUAUCAUGUGUUAAGGUCAUGGGUCUAUGUGCAGAUUUUUUUAAAUGCCUCUAAAAUUCUGUUGAUAGAUUAACUUAUACUGUGUGCCAACUGUUUAAAAGGUUUAUUUGCCAACAAGUAUGAAGAGACAUACUGAUGUAUCUGAGCUGCUUAGGUUUAUAAAAAGGUCACCUGGAUAUUUUCAGUUGCAUCAUCCCUGUAUUUAAAUUGAGCUUUAAUAAAUUGCUUCAGUCCAAAAAUUACAGGAAAGGUGUAUUCUUAAUUGACAAAUGAAUUGAUCUCUUUUUUGAAAGGGGACUCCUUUACAUUCUAAAAGGGAAAGACAUCAGAGCAAUAGAUCCUCUAAGUAAGAACAUGCUAAGCAAAUAUUUUUCCCUGCUGUGUUUUUUUUUAAAGUUCUAAUUUAAUAUAUAUGUACAUAUCUAAGUUAUUUUAACUGUGGAGAAUUAUUUAAGUUGAAAGACUGGUUUGAUUUGCCUAUGGUGUGAAAUCCUUUGUUAUUUUUCUAGAAAAAAUUAAAAUUUAAAAAGAAAUAAAGCUAAGGAAGAGCAAGAAGCUAUUUAUCCAAAGUAAGCUUUCAGUUUUAGCUUGCAUGGCUGUUUGCCUGCCUUUACUAUCCUAUGAAAAUCAAGAAAGUCUUUUUUAAAAAAUGGAGUCCUGCUAUUUUCCACUCCUUGCAGAUAAUACAAAUUCAGUUUGUCAGGUUGGAUGGUGAGUUGGGAGCUGUGAUGGAUCUAUUGGCGGGUUUUGGAUGUGUAAACAAUGAUAUAUAUAUUAAAUAGGUCAAUCAGACUAUGACAGCUAUGUACGACCAUUUGUAUGUGUAUCUAUGUCAGAAAGAAUAUUUAUUAAAAUAUUUUGAUCAAACA